AAGACUCUCAUUUUGAAGGAAUGGCUGUUUCCGUGUCUGGAUCACGUGACAAGAUGAAGCGCCGCACGGGUCACAUGAUCUGAAACCACAACACUGCAGAAUGUCAUUUCUUCAUUCCUCUUCUGUGUUCAGAGAGUAAAAAUGUCGAUGUUCAGAGUGAGUUUGAUCUGCUCGGUGUUGUUUGUUGUGUUUGGAGCUGCGUUUGGAUUCCUGGGGAAUGGAGACACAUUUCGACGGAAGGUGUCUCUGGAGCUGAACCCCGGUCUGAAUCCUCCCUCGUCUCUUCCUCCUGGAGUGCUUCUGGUUCAUGCGCGAGGACUGGGACUCAACGACACGCUUCACUUCUUACUGUGUAAUCAUGGAGCUCCGGCGCUGCUGCUGGUCCACACUAACAGCACAGAGUCUGCAGUGCGGGUGGACUGGCCCGUGUUCAUCAACCGCAGUUCCUCAGGCAGCCUGAGGGUGGAGCCAGAGAGCAGCGUGACCUACAGCUCUGCACUAGUGUUCACCAGACUGUGGGAGUACGAUGACGUCAACAACACCGCCGACCCGCAGAAGACGGCAGAGUCCAGUUUCUACCCUCCUUACGAGCUCCAGAACUUCAUCUGGUCGGAGCUGAACGGCACCGUUAACCAGUCGGAUCACAUGAUCACGUUAUGCGGCGGAGCGAAAACAGAGAGUUUCCUCAACGGCUCCCUCUGUCUGAAAUUCUCAGUGUUUGAGUCGGUGGGUCGGGAGCAAGCGUGGCCGAGUCUCCUUCAUAACGCCAACUCCUCGCAGCUCCACGUCUGGCUGGAGGGAGUCACGCCGCGAGGGAACGACUCCAGAUUCGCUCUGGAGUUUCAGUCGGUCGGCGACUCUGGAUUCCAGGGAAGAGUUGAUGUCCGCAGCUCCAUAGAUGAUGAGUACACUCCCUCUAUCUUCAAGGUGUCUCAGUGGGUCUCGUUCCCGCUCAACUCCAGCGGUGCGUGGGGUUUCUCUCAGUGGAAACCCGUGGCGUAUCGUAAGCCUGAGCCGUUGUUUGAGGACGCCACGCCCUGCAGACACUCUCCGCUGGUGUCCGUGAGCCGCGUCCCUCCGUCCGCUCUGGUUCAGGCCUAUUUCAGAGACGAUCCUCAGAUCCACGGGCUCAACAUCAGCUUCGGCAUCGAUAAAGACCCCGUCUUUUACAAAGACACCAAAUACAUCAGCUGGACAGUGUUAAUGGGCAUGGGUGAACCUCCGGCCGAUGCAUUCUCCACGUUAAUCAUUAUCAUCAUCGCCGUUGGACUUGGUACUCCGCUGGCCAUCAUCAUCGUGGGUGGAGUGUUUGUUUGGGCCCGCAAGAGGAUGACACAUGGGUCAGGCUACGAGCCAAUCAACUGAGACAUUAUGGUACAAGCCCCGCCCCAAUGUGCACACACUCGCCCAUCAGUGAUGAGGUCACUGACCCCUUAUUGGACGAUAAGAAGGAUCACACGCACGUUACUGAUGAUGUCUGAAUGUGCCUGAACAUUUGCACAGACAAACUCUCUCUGGAUGAAAAUAUCAUGAUGUCUUUUUUGAUUUAAACAUGUUACGUAUUGAAUUUUUUACAUCUUUAUACUUCAAACUGAUUGGCCACAGAACAAAUUGAGUGAUUAUUUGAUUUUGUUAAUUUUUUUUAGACAUGAUGCUUGUUUGUUCUGUGUCCCAUAAUACUAAUAAUAAUAAUAACCCUGCUUGUAUAAUCAGUUAUUUGGCCAAUUUUAAAAACAUUAAUUUCUCUUUAAUCCUGAAAUAUAUGCAGAUGUUUUGAGAAAUGAAAGCACUGAUGGAGGUUCUCAGGGAUUCAGACUUCAGUAGGUUUAGUGUUUCCUGUUCAUCAGAUGAUUUUAGGAGAACUCUGCUGCUUUGUUGUAAACUGCAUUUUGUAAACAUUGAUUUGCACCAUGUUUAAACACUGAAAUCUUUCUGUUUUUGUUGUUAUUGCCACCGCCAGUGACUUAUAAAACUGUAAAUAUGGAUUCAAAAA